AUGAAGGCUGCCUAUGGCCACUAUUUAUAGACGUGCCAGUGUCCCGUGCGUCUCAGCAGAAGUGAGGGCCUAUUUUCAGCACCUGAAUGGACACCACUGUAAUGCCAGGUACCUGCACGUAGCACACUGGCGCACUAGAGAGAUUUCAGAAGUCAGCUCUCUUUAUGAGGACGUCUAUAAGACAAAGGAAUUGUUGAGCCUGAAACAUACAUGACAAGUAAAGACAGCAUAAUGUACACGCCAGAUAUGUAUGAAUACUUUUUUGUUGAAGAUAAUGAGGAAAGCAGAACAAAAAAAAAUAAAGUCAAGAAACCAAGACAAGUAUCAAGUACAGAUUUGGCUUUGGCUGCAAUCCCGUCCGAGGCUAUCUCUUGGCCUGAGGCCUAUGAGUUUUUCUUUGCUGAUGGGCCUCAAGAUCUAGACAAGAAAGGCCUCAUGUUCAGCAUGCCUUCCCAAGCACUGAGUUCUGCUGACGUACUCCAGCACUUUGUUCCUGAUGGACUAAAAGCAUUCAGCAUAAGAGGGACACAUCACAGGAGAACCACAGAUACCAGGCUCUUUUCUUCUCAGGAAGGUCAAGAGAUAUUCAAAGAAACAAAUUUAGCAUCAGGCUCUCUUGUACCAUAUUUGUCCUCCAGCAGAAGUGAUGCAUGCUUGGUGUUCCUGGCCGUAGCAUCUUGGGCUGUGAAAACUUCAGACAUGCAGUCUGCAGAUGGAUGGAAGACAGCCCUGUUGGCAAACAUUGGUGCCGUGUCUGCAAUUCGAUACUUACGAAGACGCAGUAGAAGAUUAAGGCAGGAAUCCUCACCACAGCCUGGAGAUGAAACCUAGAUCAUGUAUUCUGUGAACUAAUCGUUAAAAGUCUUCAAGUUGGCUGGAUCACACUGUGGAUGUAAAGGCCUCCAGUUUGCAUGUAGAUAUGUCUAUAGCUCUUGUCCUUUCAUUCCCUUGUGGACACUUAAUCAAUUUGCAAGGCCUACUUACUGCCUUAGUAUUGAACAUAUUCAUGAUCAGUGUAAUUCAUUUCACAGCAACUGAGGCAAGGAGUUAAAGGAUUAGCAUGUGUAUCAGAGGUACGCCAUGUGAGCUGGUUAGCAGGGCCGGUUUAAAGGCCACAUAGGCCUGGGGCUGAUAAAUAUGAAAGGUCUACUGUGAAAAGUAGAGGAACUGUGACCAGUGCUGUGUGGGUGUGACCAGUGCCCUGUGUGUGUGUACACCACCUACACCAGGACUCGCCAAACCACACCUCGAGAUCUCCCAACAGCUCAUGGUUCCAAACCACCUAGUGCACAGGUGUAGUCAUUACUAAGUGUCACAUUUUCAAACAUGUGGUGCAUUCAUAUCUAACUGACACCUUCUACAGAUCCACAGGUGGCCCGGAAAGGGAUGCAGUCAAUUUACCUACAAUCAAAAUCCUCACGGUCAAAAUAUCGACAACCAUUGACCGAUGGUCAAAAUACAGACAAGUUCAAAAUACCGACAUGGUCAAUAUACCGACAUUAAAAAUGUCAACAGUCAAAAUACUGACAUUAAAAAUGCUGACAGGUCACAAAAUCGACAUGCGCUUUUCAUGAUUUUUUAAUUGAAACCGACUUGUUCAUACUUUACCAUCCCAGUGGACAUGGAGGGGGAAUAUAAUAGUGUGCUGAGCGCAGCGAGGGGACAUGGUACACUUAUAUGGUGUCCAUGUAGUCCUAUGUCGACAUACACACCAAUUUAUUUUUUAAACUAUAGACUUUUUGACCUGUCGACAUUUUAAAUUUCGGAAUACUGACUGUGUCGACAUUUUAAAUGUCGGUAUUUUGACCAUGUCAGUAUUUUGACCUUGUCUGUAAUUUGACUAUUGGUCAAUUGUUAUCUGUAUUGUGACCGUCAGGAUUUUGAUUGUAAGUAAACCAUACUGAUCCCCCUGGAAAACAUGAACUGUUGGUAGCUCUUGAGGUCACGAGUUUGGCCACCCCUGCCCUACACGAUCAGCCCCAAUGUCUCCUUAAAUAAUUAAAAGUAGGAAAAUUGUAUAAUUUUGUGAGGAAAAGAUAAAUACAGUUUUAAUAUUUAGAAUUUAUGGUUGACUGUGAGGCCAACUGGAUGGUUGGCCACCAUCAUGCUGUCAUGAUAAUGGGCCUAUGUUUAUGUGGAGACCUGGAGCUGUAACUCCAUCAGCCCCAUUGUUAAUCUGGCCCUGCUGGUUAAUGUGGGACAAAUUCUGAAGGUCAUCAAGUUUUGUGAAGUGUUUUUGCUGGAAACAGUACGUUAAAUCACUAAUGGGAUGGGUAUGGUCCUGUUUGUCAACUUGCGAUUGUUAGCAUCUUCAAGACUUUAUAGACUAAAGUAAGUGAUUCUCAGAGCUGAUGGCUAUGACUAAACUUUUCCUUCCAUAGAAACACCUGGAAGUCACAGUGGGAGAUCAGUGGAAGUAGAAGUGAGUUAUGUGUUGUGAUUGUUAUGCCACCAGUGUUGCUGUGAUACAUAAUAAAUUGUGUCUCGUUUACUCCCCUCA